AUGGCGUCCUCCACGGCCGCCAACCUCUGGGUGCUGCUGGGCCUCGGCAUCGCCGGCGUCCUCCUGGCGGCGAAGCGCCUCAAGCGCCCCGCGCGCCCGGACAGCGGCGCUUUCGUGUCGCGCCUCGAGCUCCUGCCGCCUCCCCAGCCCCCGCCGCCCCAGGCGCGCCACCCCCUCACCGACCUCUGCUUCGCCAUAGCCGACGCAUUCCAUGUCAGUAGUUACAUAACAAGCUUCGGCAGCCUAGAAUGGGCGAAGACACACGAUGCAGCAACACAAACAUCUCUAGUGGUUUCAACUCUUGUUGAUGGUGGCGCUGUUUGUGUCGGGAAAACUGUUAUUGAUGAGAUGGCAUAUAGUAUCCAUGGUGAGAAUAAGCAUUUUGGUACACCAACAAAUCCUGCAGCUUCUGAUCGAGUACCUGGAGGAUGCUCUAGUGGAUCAGCUGUAGCUGUUGGUGGUGGCAUGGUAGAUUUUGCAUUGGGUAUUGAUUCCAUUGGAGGAGUAAGGGUACCAGGUGGCUAUUGUGGCGUGCUAGCGUUCCGGCCUUCGCAUGCUGUUAUAUCCAACAGUGGUGUUAUUCCUGUCGCACCUAGCCUAGACACUAUAGGCUGGUUUGCAAGGGAUCCGAUUGUACUGCGUCGAGUUGGUCAUCUUCUUCUGAAAUUAUCUUAUACUGAUAUCCGUCUACCUAGACAUUUCUACAUAGCAGAUGAUUGCUUUGAAAUUUCAAAGAUACCUGCAAGAAGGUUAACUCAGGUGGUAACAAAAUCUGUGGAAAAGCUCUAUGGAAGACAAGUCUUGAGUCAUGUGAAUAUUGGAAAUUAUUUGGCUUCAAGAGUACCCUACCUGCGGAACUAUUCAAAUGGGAACAAGAAUGGGGACUCAAAGUUUUCUUCCUUGCAAGCACUUUCUAGUGCCAUGCAGUUGCUUCACAAACAUGAAUUUAGAGAUCAGCAUAACGAGUGGAUAAAGUCGGCUAAGUCUGCUGUUGAUCCUUCCAUAGUUGGUAAUUUGUCUGGUGAUGCUGGUUCGCCUAUUGAUACUGUCCAAGCUGCAAGAAAGGAUGUGCGCUUAGCUCUCAACACACUCCUUAAGGAUGAUGGAAUUCUGGUCAUCCCAACUACUUUGGGUUGCCCUCCAAAAAUUAAUGCCAGGGAGCUCUCAUCUACAAGCUACAAUGCUGAGACAUUAUGCCUUCAAUCUUUAUCUAGUAUGUCAGGGUGUUGUCAGGUUACCAUUCCUGUCGGUGCACAUGAUAAAUGUCCUAUUUCAGUUUCCCUCAUUGCAAGGCACGGCGGUGACCGCUUCUUGCUGGACACCACUCAAGCCAUUUAUGCCACCAUCCAAGAGCAAGUUGAGAUGCUAGCGAAAUCUAACGCUUCAAGUAAAGAGGCCAUGAAUGAAGAAGCUGCUGAAGCUGCUAAAGAGAAAGGUAACAGUGCGUUUAAGGAGAAACAAUGGCAAAAGGCAAUAAAUUUAUAUACCGAAGCGAUCAAAUUAAAUGGCAAGGUAGCCACAUACUACAGUAACAGAGCUGCGGCUUUUCUAGAAUUAGCUAGUUACCGCCAAGCUGAGACAGAUUGCACUAGUGCCAUCGAUAUUGAUCCAAAGAUUGUCAAAGCUUAUUUGCGGAGAGGCACAGCAAGGGAGAUGCUUGGAUACUAUAAGGAGGCUGUCGAUGAUUUUAGCCAUGCCCUUGUCCUAGAACCAAUGAACAAGACUGCUGGUUUAUCCAUUAGUAGAUUAAAGAAGUUAUUCCCGUAGGUGCCAAGCCCAUGGAAUUAUUUCCGAGAAGAUGUGGCUGCUGAUUUUGUGGGCAAACAAGUUCUGCAUUGCUGGGGGAUUGGAAGUACCUGAGCACCACUGAUACAUACAUGGAACACGGCAUAUGCUCUUUCACAAGGUAGAUUAUCAUUGGCAACAGAGCUGUCAUCCGUGGAGUCAGUUUACUCGUCCCUCCCGCGAAGUUUUGAGAAAGCAAAGUAAAGGAUAGGCUUUUGUGGGUCAGUCGAUCAUAGCAACAGUGUCAUCAAAUGUGCUCUACAGGUGUUAUCCAAUCAUGUGAAACAUCGGUUUUGACAAUUAUUUGUUGAAACACCUUGAUUUGCCAAUAAAAUGGUUCUACGUG